CUAUUCAAAACAGUGUUGUACCGCGGUCAAAGCUCAAGCUGCUACUCUUGUUUUGAGCGGGUACUCGGAUCAGCCGGACGUGUUUAGCGACUUCAAUUCAGACAGUUUUUGAGUUCUGUAUGUACAAGACGUGCGACUGAAGAUGUUACCCAACCUGUCGUCAAGAAAGAGAAAACGGUGCUCCCCUGACCUCGACGGGAAUCCUGCAAAGAGGCAACUCAUUAAUGGCUACUGCAGUCCCCCAAGGAGAGGCUCCCCCCGCAACACCACCACCACCACCAUCAACAACACCACCAACAAGCAGCUGUCUAGCCACAACCAGGGAGAGAAGGAGAAUCAGUCUGGCUCGCCCCUGAAAUCACCCAGAGGCCGGCAGCGCACGCCCCUCACCCCCAAGAAGGGCUCCUCCAGAAACGCCCCAGCCUCCCCGCAGCAGGACGAGCCACCCCAGAAGACCAGGAUGACGGCGGCAUCGCCCCAAAAGGUCACAGUGGCCAGCUCCUUCUACAGCAAGCAGAAGAUGCUGUACCUCACGCCUCUCGAGCGCAAGCUCCUGAGGGAGACGAAGGACCCGACAGGGGGGAAACCCGCAGAGGAGCAGACGGCAAGCUCGCCGCCCUCCACGGAGAAGGCUAGGACCCCUCCCUCCACGGAGAAGGCUAAGGGGAAGAAGAGGGGGCGGCCAGCUAAGAAAACAAUGCCGCCCAAAGCCCAGAAGCCUGCAAGCAUUAAGGCUUACUUGUCGGCGAAGCCAGUUGUGAAAAAGGUUGCGCCCGCCAUCAGCGGUGCCGCUAAGACUGACGCGGCGGCGAGCUCGGCAACUGAGGGCUCGAAGUUCUCGCCCUUGCUCAGCUUUGGCGGUCUCAAGAACAAGGCCAAGCCCAAGCUCUUUGUGGGCGCCGCAUUUUUCGUGUCCGGCAAGAAGACGGCCAAGAUGUACAAAAGCGCCGUUCCGUGGAAGCCGAGACCGACCGCGACCGGCGGACAGCAGAAGAGCAAGCCGAAGGACCUGGACAAAGACCAGAACAAGAACGAGAACGAGAUCACGGCAAAGCAGACCAGCACUGCUGAGGAGGACAAACAGAACGAGAAGAGCAGCGAGAAGCCGGCUGGCCCUAUGAUGCGUUCCCCUCUUCGACAGGCUGUCUUCACCAAGAAGCCACUGCCUCCUACAUCAACACCAUCACCAUCACUACCAACACCAUCACCGCCGUCACCAGAGAUGGACUCUACCAUAUGGGCUGAGGAGGAGCUGCUUGAGCAUGAGGAGACGGAGAAACAGAACAAGAAGAAGAAGAAGGAGGAGGAGGAGGAAGAGGAGAAUAGGCCUAUUAAGAUGGCAUCUCCAGUGAACCCAGCAGUGCUAUCGUCCCCGCAGGAGAGCCACGGCGUCCUGAUGAAAGACGCACGCGUGGUGCUCAGGAGGUCCGUCUCGGUGUCCCCCGGCGACCCGCUCUCCUCUCUCUACAGCUUCAGCGUCAACGUACAGGAGUCGGACAUGGAGGCAGGCUCGGACAGAGUGUUCGACCUCAGUGAUAUCCAUCACUCUGAAGAGGACGACAGCCAGAACCAAGAAUCUUCAUCUCUGUUCCCCAUCUUUGGUGGCAAAAGGUCGCUGAAGCGGUCUGGCCUGUCGUCCCCUAAGACCUGUAGCACGCCCUCUGCUGUGCGCUCCAGCAGGACGCCCUCUGCCAAGGACAAGAGCAGCAGCAGCAGCAGCGCCCGCGCCAAGCGAGACGCCAAGAUGGCCGACGCAGACGACCAGCUGAUUAUCGAUGCGGGCCAGAAGCAGUUUGGCGCCACCACGUGCAGUUCGUGCGGCAUGUUGUACAGUGCCGACUCCCCUCAGGACCAGCUGCAGCACAGCCAGUUCCACCAGCGCUUCCUCGACGCCAUCAAGUUCGUGGGCUGGAAGAAGGAGCGUGUGGUUGGAGAGUUCUGGGAUGGCAAAAUACUUCUCGUCCUCCCCGACGACCCCAAAUAUGCCACAAAGAAGGCAGAGGAGGUGCGUAAGGUAGCAGACAGUGAGCUGGGCUUCCAGCAGAUGACCCUGAGCUGCCCCAGCUCAGCCAAGACCUUCCUCUUCGUCAACAGCGACCGCAUGGUAGUGGGCUGCGUGGUGGCCGAACAAAUACGACACGCGUUCCGUGUGCUGGAGCAGCAGCCAUCGUCGCCAGAGCAACAGCAGAAGCGGGUGUGUCAGGAGGACAUUCUAGAACGCCACCGCGCCUGGUGCUGCUCUACCGUGCCAGAGAAGGCCAUCUGCGGCAUCAGUCGCGUCUGGGUCUUCAGCAUGCAGAGGAGACGAGCAAUUGCCACCCGCAUGCUCGACACCGUCAGGAAGUCCUUCAUGUUUGGUAGCAUCCUGACAAAGGAGGAGAUUGCAUUUUCAGACCCCACACCAGACGGAAAACUCUUUGCCACAAAGUAUUGCGGAACUCCAACUUUCCUGGUCUACAACUUCAUUGGCUAAACUUCUUCCCUUUUUUGCUGUUUCAUAUAUUUUAUUGUGUUUUGUAAAGAUUGUUUUUAGUUUUUUUGUUGUUGUUGUAAAAAGUAAAAUAUUGUCAGUUAAUGAAACAAAGGCGUUUUAAUUUGUUUUAUUUUAAGUUUUGUGUUAACAUACUUGGCGAUAAUAAUUCACAAGUUACAAGAAAACAGAUUCAUGGUCAUCAGUCCCUUUUGGCUACUGGUGCUUAGUCCAACUUCACAAUAAUUUAAUACGUCAUACAAACGUAUUAACUUUGCUUAUUUUUGUUUUACACGCCUUUUUAAAGUGUUGAAUGAGAGAGAUGUACAAAAAGAUGGAGGCUGUAAUACAACAUCUGUUAACUGUUGUUUCAUUCCCUUGGUUAUAUACCAUGGCAUUUCAUGUUUGAUGUAUACUAUAUUAUAUGUAAAUAAAACUUUACACUCUAUAGAAUGGA